AUGUUUCGUCUUUUCAUGCGCCGUCAGCCGCCCCAGGCCGGGCUUUUCGAUCUUCUCAUCGCUCUCUUCACCCUGUCAUUCUUUCCGCAUCCCACGCUUGUCUCCGCUCAAUUCCUCGUAAACGGCCAAAUCUUCACCAAUGCGUUGGCUAUUGUCGACGCUCCGGCGCCUAACAGCACCUUCCAUGCUGGCGCUAAUAUGCCGAUUGCGAUAGAUGUCUCUGGUGAUGGCAAGCUUCAGACCGCUGCUCAGGCUCCCAACUCUGGACUGGACACCUCCUUCGAUUCGCUCGAGCUCUACCUUACCUCAGCGUCUCAGAAGAUGAAUCUCACGAUCAUGUCCAACGGAUCUGGCUUCCUCCAGCAAGAGCCUGGCAGCACCGUGAAGCAUCUCGACUUCCAGUUGAGUAACUGCAUUCCCGAAGGGGAAUACAACUUUACAAUCUACGAAGCUUCGCACAUCAACGGGACGGCGUGUUACACCAUCACGUCGUACCCUGUCGCCAUCCAAAAUACCAAAUUCAACGGCACUUGCGAGUCUGGCACCAACGCGCUACAGAGCCUGCCGCAGAACUCCUCUCCGCCAUCAAGCAAUCCGCUUCUAGACACGUCGACACUCACACCACUGAACGUGAAUUUCGUCAACGCCGGGACGCCGGGAAAGACUGUAACGACCUCGCUGGCCGAGGGAACCACCGUAACUCUGACACUCGGGCCUUCAGGUACAUCUGGCAUUAGCCCUACUGGCAGUCCUUAUCCCUCUUCGGGGAUGAAAACAAAGACCAGGGAGCCGCCUGCGACUGUCACUGAAGUCGUGACGAUCGUGCUUGUCGGUUUCGAGACCAUUGUGACAACUUUACCGGGCCAAACUAUACCGUUUACGCAAGUCGUAACCUCGCUCGAGACACAGACUAUCACGGCGACCCCCACGCCUGUCAAUAAUGCUCAAGGCUUCACACCUUUGAAUAGCGCUCCCGGCCCUCUCCUUCCUGCUCCACUACUCGUCCUUUCUACUCUACUGGUCUGGUUCGUGGUUUUUCUGUCGUUAUUGGGUCCCUAUCAGUUUUUGGCCGCGGGUUGA